UUUUGACAGGUGUCAAUUGACCAUAAAAAUAGAUGUCCAAUAUCAAAGAUGUACGAUGUAAACCAAGGCUGCAUGUCCUACAAUUAAAGGCCUUAGCAAACACUGGAGACGGCGAGGUGGACGUCAACCAGAAGUAAAAUUUCCCGCUCUCGAGCCAAUUAGCAUAAUCACGUGGAGUGUUGCCCGCGUCCUCCAACAGUGGCGACAGCGAGAAAGGUAGGUUUGGCUGCCUCGAGAGACGGUCACUUUCUUUUCUGAUUUGUAGCACCUAAAAUACACGGAAACUCCUCUAUAAAGUCAAAAAAUGUUUUUUUGACGCUUAUAUUUAUAUUUUAUUUGCAAAUAUUUGAUCUUUCUUUUGCUUUACAGCGAAAAUCACGCUUCACAUUGGAGGUGUGAGUGAAGAAGAAAGAUGGCAAGCGAAGCCCGCAGCGAAGGAGAGAAAAGCAAAAGAAAUGGCUCGAUCAUGGAAUGGACAGGAGCACACGAUUUGAUUCUAGCGAAAGAAGUCAGAGCUUCAGAACCAUGGAUCUUCAAACUAAGGAAUGCAGAUCGAGGAAAACUAUGGAAUGCCAUCACGGAUAGUCUGAAUGACGAAACCUCUUUGAGAUUUCAGGUGAAGAAGAAAAACGUACAGGAACAUUUCAAACUACUACUGGACAAAUUCAAGGCGAAACAAAAACAUCAGGCGAAACUGGGUGGAGUUGACAUCGAAGAUAGCGAGAUGGAUAUCCUGAUGGAAGAGAUAUCAGAAAAAUGGGAGGAGGCUGAGGCCUAUGACCUUGGUUGCAUUAGUAAAGAAAAGGCUGAUUCAGAUCGAGCGAUUGGUGAAGAGAUAAGGCGGAAAGCUUGUGAAAAGCUCGGAGAAACGAGUAAACGAAAUGCGGAAGAAAAGGCCGAGCCUGUUGCCAAGAAGUCGAGAAGGAGUGGAAGUGAAACUCUUGAUUUUCUCAGGGAGAAGGUGGAAGCUCGACAAGCUGAAGCAGAGCGUGAGGCAAAGAUGCAUCAAGAAUUGCUCACCAUGAUCCAAAACCAGAAUGCAGCCAUACUACAGAUUUUGAAUAAAAUGGCUGACAAGUGACUGAACAAUCCUUUAAUAUACUUUUUUUCUUGUCUUCUUCAUCACAGUUGUUCAGGUUCUAAACUAAGCUUUGACCAGCUUAUUUUAUUUUGAAUGUCAUUUAGGGUUGGUCUAAUGUUGAUGUUUCUAAGUUUAAUCUAUGCAUAUGUUUAAAAUGGAGGGAUUCGUAUUGUGUGACAGUUUAGUGGUUUAUUUUGUCUAUCCCAGAGAAUUGUCAUUUAAUUUUGCAAGCAUCAAAUCUUCCACUCCCUGCUUCACUGGAAUGUAACAGCUGAUCCACGAAUCAUGUCAGAGUAAUGUUAAAAUAUGUUUUAUUCCCUUUACAUACCCUGUGAUAAAAGUGUAAAAAUUUUUUUUAAUUUUAUUUAUUUUAUUAUGUUUGCUUAUACUUUACAACACUUCUGCUGUUACUUUACACUAAAACAGUACAAUAAAGGCUACAUACACUACUUACAAAACAACAGAGCUAUUAACAGUACUUACAGUACAAGACAGCUUCUUCACCCUACUUACUAUAAGGUAUCGAUUUUGAACUAUUUUACGUACGUAACAGCAAUACAGGUAUUUUCUAAAUUAAUCUAAUUAAUCUAACCUUAAUCUAAUCUUAAUCUAAUUUUAAUCGAAUUAAUCUUGAUUAAUCUAUAGUGGCAAUUAAUUUAGAGAUAUAACACACUUUUCUAAUACCUUUGAAAAGCAUUAACAGGACAGAAAAUGCGAAGAAGCAUCAUAAAAGAGAACCAGAAACUUCAUUUU